AUGUCUUCUAGUUCUACUCAAAAUAUCGAUGAUAUAUUAUCCGUUAACAUUACAACAACAACAAAAACACCAACAAUAGAUUACGAAGGCAAAAGUCACGAAUAUUUAACAACAUUUCUACAUUGGAAUUCUACUGAACAAUCAUUAUUCGUUGAAGAUCUAUUAAAGAGUAUGGAUAGUUAUCAACAUGGAUAUAUUAAUUCGUUUUUAUCGCGAAUGCUACGACGAGAUUUUAUUGGGCAAUUAUCAUCAUGUGGACUUGAACAUUUAGCAGAAAAGAUCCUCGAAUAUUUAGAUGAACAAUCAUUACAAUCAGUUGAACUUGUUUGUCGAGAAUGGUAUUAUGUUACAGCUCAAGGUAUGUUAUGGAAAAAAAUAAUCGAACGGAAAGUUCUCGCCAAUACACAAUGGCAUGAUUUAUCGAAACAUCGUGGUUGGCAUAAAUAUCUUUUUCGCCAAUUAUUAAUCAACGGUGAACAAAAGAAAUCGAAUGAGUUCUAUCGGUGUUUAUAUCAUGACAUUGUACGUGAUAUUAAACAACUUACAAUCAAUUGGCAAGCGGGAAAAUAUCAAUUAGAAAAAAUUCAAUGUCAUUCAAGACAUAAUAAAGGUGUUUAUUGUUUACAAUAUGACGAUCAGAAAAUUAUCUGCGGACUCCGAGAUAACACAAUUCAAAUUUGGAAUAGAAAAACAUUGGAAUGUGUUAAAGUUCUAACAGGUCAUAAUGGUAGUGUCUUAUGUCUUCAAUAUGAUGAUAAAGUUAUUAUAACUGGCUCAUCCGAUUCAACGAUUCGAGUAUGGGAUAUUGAAACUGGAAUAUUGAUUAAUACACUUGUAUAUCACGCUGAAGCAGUAUUACAUCUUCGAUUUGUCGAUAAGAUAAUGAUGACAUGCUCGAAAGAUCGUUCGAUUGCUGUAUGGGAAAUCAAUUCGCCUGCUGAUAUAGUUCUGCAUCGUGCACUUGUUGGCCAUCGAGCAGCUGUCAAUGUAGUCGAUUUCGAUGAUAAAUAUAUUGUGAGUGCAAGUGGUGAUCGUACAAUUAAAGUUUGGAAAGCUGGGACGUUCGAUUUUGUUCGAACACUCAUUGGACAUAGGCGUGGCAUUGCUUGUUUACAAUAUCGAGAUCAACUUGUUGUCAGUGGUUCAUCAGAUAAUACUAUACGGAUUUGGAAUAUUGAAUGUGGUACUUGUCUUCGAAUACUCGAAGGCCAUGAAGAACUGGUUCGAUGUGUUCGUUUUGAUUCAAAACUUAUCGUUUCAGGUGCUUAUGAUGGUAAAAUAAAAAUUUGGGAUCUUCAAGCAGCACUUGAUCCACGUUCUCAAAAAUCAUCACUUUGUAUGAAAACUUUCACGGAACACACUGGGCGUGUAUUUCGUCUUCAAUUUGAUGAAUUUCAAAUCGUUUCCAGUUCACAUGAUGAUACAAUAAUUUGUUUUAAUUUUCUUCAACCUGACAUUUCCACCUCAUAUAUUCGACAUGACUCAUCAGAUUCUACCAAUGUAACUUCUAUUUCAAAUGUUGAUCACACUCAAGUAGCUAGUUCUACUACAACAGUACAAUCUACACAAGAAACGUUACAGAGACAAAAUUCAAAUCUUUCAAGAUCAUCAUCAUCAGCUGAUUCAGAAACUUCGAAAAAACUGGACAUUAUUUAG